AUGGGUGCGAUGAAGACAAGAUCGGCAUCAGUAGGGAGAUGGGUGAACGAGGUCGUGAGCUUCUUUGUGUUUUGUCUCUUAGACAUCGUCGACUCUUUGCUCUGUCUUCUUUACAAAACUGCUGAUUAUCUCCUCGAAUCAGAGUGGAAGCCUUGCUAUUGCUUGUCUCCCAAGAAACUCAUCACCACCACCACCACCACCAAAGGGAACAUCGUCGUAUCUCAUAACAAUGGUGAAUCCAAGAUUCUCACUGUUUCUCCCCUUCAACAACUUAGUGGACGUUCCAAGAUUGAGCUGGAGGAAAUUUCAGAAACUCUUUAUUCACGUCCUUCUCUUCUAUACGACCUCUCUAAGCUCUCCAUUAACGAUCUCGCCAGACGGUUAGUGAGCGUGACUCGGUCAAACUCCGAGUGUGGCGAGACGAAGACGAGUAAGAGGAAAGGGAGGACGUUGAUGUCUAAGUUUACGGUGAGCUUUACGGUCGUUGAGAUGCUUCAAGGCAAGAUCAAGCCGCAGAAUUUGAGCCGGCAAGUCUCGAGAUGGUCGGAUUGUGAUUGUGGUUUUUGCACAUGUUGGACCUCCACUUGUGUCAAAGAUCAGUCCCUCUUUGUCAAAACUCAAUUACCAAAAGCAAAAGGCAAUAUCACUGGGAGAGAGGACGUGUUGUUUAUCCACGGCUUCAUAUCUUCAUCGGCGUUUUGGACAGAGACAGUGUUUCCAAGCUUGUUGAAUUCGAACUAUAGACUAUUUGCCGUGGAUCUUUUAGGGUUUGGGAAGAGUCCUAAGCCUGCGGAUUCACUGUACACGAUGAGAGAGCAUGUGGACAUGAUUGAGAAAUCGGUAUUGCUUAAACACAAUGUGAAGUCGUUCCACAUUGUGGCUCACUCUUUGGGUUGCAUCUUGGCUCUUGGCUUGGUCUCUAGGCAUGGUGGUUCCAUUAAGUCACUAACCCUUCUCGCUCCGCCGUACCACCCCGUGCCGGAGACGGAGGCGGAGCCAAGGCAGUACGUGAUGAGGAAAGUGGCGCCACGGAGGGUUUGGCCACCGAUAGCGUUUGGAGCGUCGAUGGCUUGUUGGUAUGAACACAUUAGCCGAACCAUUUGUCUCCUCAUCUGCAAAAACCAUCGUCUUUGGCAAUUUCUUGCCAAACUCAUCACCCGUAAUAAUAGGACAAUAAAUUUUCUAAUAGAAGGGUUUAUGUGUCACACGCAUAACGCAGCGUGGCACACUCUACACAACAUAAUAUGUGGAAUAGGAAGCAAACUGGAUUUGUAUCUGGACAUGGUACGAGAUAAUCUGAAGUGUCAUGUCUUCAUCUUCCAUGGAAGAGACGAUGAGGUCGUACCCGUUGAGUGCAGCUACAAUGUUCAAACUCGGAUUCCUCGGGCACGAGUUAAGGUUGUUGAGAACAAAGAUCACAUUACUUUAGUUGUCGGAAGACAGGACGAGUUUGCUAGAGAGCUCGAGGAGAUUUGGAAGAGUUCUUCUUGCUAG